AUGACAGUCAAUGUGGCCCCUCCGGCCAUUGACAGCACACUCGACAAAUUCGACUCUGUCGACGAGAAGACAAAGAUCCUCAACCAGCUCCUUCGCCACACCCAAGUAACAAAGGACUUUGACCUACUCAAAUUCGCCGCUGCCGCAUCAAGACAAUUGCAACAUCUCAACAACCCAGCACCAGACACAGACACGCGCCUAAUCUCCUCGCCAUACAAUGACCCUCCCCAUCUACUAGAUCUCAAUCGCCUCGACACUCAGAACAGACUCCUAUCACUAGCACUAGCCUCCUUCAGACCAAUUCGCGACGAUUACGCCACAGCCGCAUAUCUCGACUCCUUCAACUGGCAAGAAGUCUUUAACCUGGUCAAAGCAUAUUCAGACGCAGAAGGUCACGAAUGGACCACGCAGGCUUUCUAUGUGGUUGAGUUCCGAUCGGUCCUCAACCCGGGUAUUGAUCAGGACCGUCUGCAUGCGUUAGAUGCGUAUUCGCAUCAGGAAGCUACUACCAGUGGCGGGUUACUAAAGUAUUGGUUUGGGACGGCGAAUGAGAAGAGGCAGAAUCUGGCUACUUGUGUGUGCAUCACCGUCCUUCGUAUUUAUUGUUUGUUAACUUUUUUUUUUUUUUUUUUUCAAUUAGGUAUCUGGCGCAGUCGAGAAGAUGCGAGGUUGGGUGGGCUGGGGCCGUGGCAUGCCAAGGCGAGGGCGGCGGUGAGGGAAAUGUAUGAGACCAUAGUUUUCACUACCAUGAGGUUGGAGAUUGCGGAUGGUGUGAAGGGUUGGAAGAUUAGUGGCUGGCAAGAGGAGGGCCAUGUACAAAAGCAUUGA